CCUGAAGAAAGAAAACAAGUAUUUAUCAAACGAGAUCCACAUGGAACGGAUUAUGAUGCGCACAGAGAGUGAGCUAACCAUGAGGAACCUCAGAAACUUGAACCAGGAGCUACAGGCUCAAGUUAAGGAGCUGAAGCAGAAGCUGUACCAGAGCCAGCAAAGGUCGAUGUUAUGUUCGCGAGCUGCAGAUGAAGCAGAGGAGUCCAGGGCGGAGGCAGAGAAGGGCAGGGCUGUGGCUGAGGCUCGGUCCCUGGGCUUUCAGCGGGACAAGGAUGCAGCUGAGGCUGACAGGGGACGUCUGAGUGAAGAGCUGCAGAAGCUUAAAAAGGAGCACGCGAACAUGCAGCUUUUACUGGCGCAAACAGAGAAGAACUACUUUGAAAGUAAGCUGAAGUUGGAUCAGGUGUCUGGAGAGAAACAGGCCCUCCUGCAGGAGAGCAGGAGCCUGGAGGCAGACAGAGAUGACCUCCGACACAAGCUGAGGAAGCUCACCCAAGAAAAUGUCCAAAUUAAAGAGAGUGAGAUGAACUGGAAACGCAGAGCGACAGAAUCAGAAGAGGAGAGCAAAAGAGCUAACCAGGCUCGGCGGGAAGUCGAGGCAGAGAGGCAUCUGGCUGAGAAGGAGAGGCAGGAGAGAGUGGCCGAGUGCCUGAGCUGGAGGGAGAAGUACCAGGAGCUGGCUGACGUGUUUCAAGUUCAGGAAGACCUGAAGGCUCUGAGGCAGAAUAAAGCAUGUCAAGCCCACAUCAAAAGCUACUUCCUGUGCAUGACUGAAAGCGACCAGAGGGUUAAAAUUCUCAAAAAUCCAGAUGGCACUCCGAGAAAUUUCACAGAAGGAGAUCCUGUAUACAUCUCCACUCCAGAGUCCAGCGUUGAAGAGCCUGAAAGGAGUUCAUCUAGGACCAUGCUCAGGGUGACAGCACCACACAUGGGGAGAGAUCUGGGUCCGAGUCACUUUGAUGAGCUGCCUGCCUAUGGAGGAGAGCGACCCGACUCAGGCCCUCUGCGCAGAAGCAGGAAGGUGGUGGAAUACUUCUGGAUUCCCACAGAUCAGGACUGACCACAAAUGUAACCACAUGCUCCUGGGAAAAUCAAAGCACUCCAGUAGAGCUGCUGCUUGGAAGAUUCAGACUGUUGUUCAAGUGUGAAGUAUUUUAUUGGACAGAUGGAAUAUGUAACUGUAAAGCAGAGUAAAUACAGGUAAACAGUAGGUGCUCAUGUACUGACUUUAUUGACAUUAAAGCAAUAGAGGUGCACAAUAAUUCUGAAUACCUUACAAUAAGACCCUAAUCAUAUGUCUUAGACAUAAUCAUGGCUUGAGAGUACAAUUCUUGGUUAAGCCUGAUGGUCAUUUGUUUAGCUUUAGAAGGGAAAUCAAUUACAAUUUAUAGUUUGCCAAUUUAAGAGCCAGACAAAUCUAACAUUUAUUAUUUUGAGCCCUCAAUAUAAAAACCAACCUCAUCAGGGCCGCUUCAAAAUCUAGUCAACAUUACUCUUUUGAUAAGUACACAUUUCAUCAUGUGGGUGAAAUUAAAAAAAAAAAAAUCCUAAUGAGAUGUUAACACUUGUAAAACAUGCAACGGCA